CGGAAAAAGCAAUGGAAGAAAUGUGACGAGUCUCUUUGACUCUUUGGUGAGUGUGAAAAGUAAAGUACAUUUACACUUACAGAAGAAAAGAGACGAACCAAAAAAAAAAAGACUCACUCUCUCUGUCUCUGAAACCAAUCUUUCACUUUAUCACUGUCUGCAACUUGCAAACUACAACUAGCAGCUAGCAUAGCAAGCAAGAACCUUUACUUCUUCAUCUUCUUCUUCUUCUUCUUCUCUUUCCUCAGAUUCUUGUCUGAAAUUUUCUUUUCCAUUUUCAAGAUGCCGAUCAACAAAGACCCAUCAACACCUCCUCCUGUUAUAGGAAAAAUCGGUCCUUACACUGUCUUUAUGACUCCGCCGGCUACUCCUAAGCCACCUGAAUCUCCUUCUGCCGUGUCUCAGAAGCCUGUGAUGGCACCUCCUGUUCUUCCUCCGCCUCAGCAGUUUAAAUCGGUGGCUGCUUCUGGAGAGGAUGGCUCGGUUUUGGGGUUCUUGAAAAACGCCGUCACCAAGGUUCAGAAUGCUCAUUCAAGUGUGGAUGAUCAUUUGGUGAGAUGGUUUGGGUUAAACCAGUCUAAGUAUCAGUGGGCUUUGGAUGAGUACUACGAAAGCAAAGGAUCAGAUAUGAAGGCUGUGAACGCAAAGGAGAUGCCGGGGAAAGCACAGAGUGUAUAAGUAAACCAUAUAUGAUAAACAUCGUUCCCAUUUGGCCAAAUUCCAAAACCUGUUCUCUUGAGAGAGUUAAAAAGAUUUGAGUCUUGACGAAAGUGUUAUUCAGAUGAUUGAUCAUGGAAUCCAUUGUAGCCUUAGAGGUCUCUUUUGGUAUAUUUUUUAAAACCUAUGUAUGUAGCAGCAGCAGCUCUUUGUAGUUUUAUGUAUAACAAUGGUGAAAUCUCCAAACCAAAAGAUGGAGAUGCAGCAUUCAUCAUUUGGUUUCUUGUAAGCUUAAUAACAUUUAUUUACCUUUUUUUUUUUAUAAUAUCAUUAUAUUCUAAAUUUU